AGAAGAGGACAUGGAAAGCACAAACCUGAACAAGAAAAGAUCUGGUCAGAAGAGGCAGAGGAGCAGAUCUCCAGUCCCGCCCCAAAGGAACAUAGUGGGCUGCAGAAUUUCCCAUGAGUGGAAGGAAGGCAAUGGUCUGAUCACACAGUGGAAGGGUACUGUGCUGGAUCAGGUGCCUGUAAACCCCUCUCUCUACCUGGUGAAAUAUGAUGGGGUAGACUGUGUCUAUGGACUGGAACUCCAAACAGAUGAGAGGGUAUUGUCCCUAAAAGUUCUUGCUGACAAGGUGACAUCUCAAGCCACUGAUGUCAGCCUUGCUCAUACCAUAAUUGGCAAAGCAGUGGCGCACAGGUUUGAGGGUGAGCAUGGUUCUAAAGAGGAAUGGAGAGGCAUGGUCCUGGGCCAAGCACCAGUGCUAAAUAGUAGUUUUUAUAUGACUUACGAGAGAGAUCCCGUGUUGUACGUAUACCAGGUUCUAGAAGAUUUUAAAGAGGGAGACCUCCGUAUCUUGGAAGGGUUCAGUGAUCCCCCUCCCUUAGACAUCAACCUGGAGCUUAUGCAUGGCCUGGUAGGCACACAGGUGGGAUACACCAAAGGUGAUGGCACAAGAAGGGUCGGAAUGAUCAUUCGGCAGGUUGAGGCCAAGCCCACUGUGUUCUUUGUCAAGUUUGACAAUGAUUCACUUAUCUAUGUCUAUCACGUGGUAAAGAAGUUCUAG